AUUCCCCGUCACCUUCGACUAUUCCUGCAAAAACUCGACCUUGGUUAGAAAAGAAGCCAUCAGUUUUUACUUUGAUGGCUUCUCAAAUUCAAGCCAACAAUCUCUAUCAUCGUCGCCAUUUUCUUGUUACUUUGUCCAAUGCUGAUUACCCUUUCGGUACUUGCACUAGCUUAUCAAUUUCAGCUGCAAAGCCAAGAACCAAACCAAAACUGAAACCUCAGAAGCUCAGUAUUUGUAGUUCCCUUCUAUCAUCGUCAUCUUCAGUUUCUGAUAAAAACCCACCUGAUGCUUGUGAAGAAACUAAUGGGGCAGAUGCCAGAACUUCAGAUUCACAGUCAAUUCAGAAGGAGAAAAGGAUGAAGAAGAAGAGGGUUUUUUUCUUGGAUGUGAAUGCUCUUUGUUACCAAGGGAACACUCGCAGUUUACACUCUUUUGCUCAUUGGAUUUUCCUUUUCUUCUCCCAAGUCAGCCUCUCUGAUCCUGUCAUUGCUGUUGUGGAUGGAGAAAGAGGAAAUGAGUACCGUAAACAGAUCUUGCCUUCGUAUAAGGCAAAUAGAAGGAGAGUUUCACAGCAUUUUUCUUCAUUAGGAAGAUUUCCAAGGAAUAGAAUUGGGAGAUCACAUAAGCUCGUCUUGAAUGUUCUUCACGGUUGCAAUGUGCCUGUUGUGAAAAUUGAGGCGCAUGAAGCUGAUGAUGUUAUAGCCACCCUGGUAGAACAAGUUAUAUCAAGAGGAUACCAAGCUGUUGUUGCCUCUCCUGACAAAGAUUUCAGGCAACUGUUAUCACAAGAUGUACAAAUUGUAAUGCCCAUGCCAAAGUGCAAUAGAUGGUCAUUUUAUACCCUAAACCACUACAUAGCCCAGUACACUUGUGAUCCGCAAUCUGAUUUAAGUCUGAGAUGCUUCUUGGGUGAUGAAGUUGAUGGUGUUCCUGGAAUUCAACAUUUUGUUCCAGGUUUUGGUCGAAAGACUGCUUUAAAGCUCUUGAAAAAGCAUGGGUCUCUUGAAAAUCUACUAAGUGCUGCAGCUGUAAGAACUGUAGGCAGAGCAUAUGCCCAAGAUGCCCUUAUGAAGUAUGCCGAUCAUUUAAGAAAAAACUAUCAAGUCCUUUCCCUGAAGAGGGAUGUUGAUGUACAAAUUGAGGACAAGUGGCUCUCUGGGAGAAAUUGUUGUAAUGAUUUGGUUGUAUUAUCCAACUUUAUCAACUUAUUGAGGGAUACUGAGAAUCAUGAUGGGCAAAGUAAAUAUGAUCCAAAUGGUUAAGCUUUGAAGUGACUCUUCUGAAGUCUUUAAAAGGUAUGCCGUCAGCUCUCAGCAGGGGUAAUCUCAAGAAAUGGUAUCAUGUCCUGACCCAAGGACAGUAGUUGAUUUCAGCAGCAUUUGCACCUCAAGGUGAACUUGAUCUAUGUAGCACACUGAAGGAUGUAUUUCUAGUACUUUUGGCCUACUAGAAGAUAAUGGAGAUUAGAUAAAUAAACUGCUUGGUGGCUGUUAAUGAAACAGUCAUUUCAUAAACUGUUGCAGUAAUCUAUGAAGAUUUGCUGUUUGCAUACCAGUACUUUUUCUUUUUUUUUGGAUAAGUGGGAGGUCUUGAAUCUAGAACCAUCUACUUACAAUCCCUCCACCCUUACCAUCCAACCCAACCCUCCUCACCUUGCACACCAAUACUUGUUUAAUCCUUGGGCUGAUAAAUUAUGUGGAAUACUGGAAUAGGGUGGUAAACAAAUUUUGGAGAUCCCCAUGAAGCUA